AUGAAAACAUACGCUUGUGUUUUAGCUGCCAUGCUAGCGGUGGUGGCAAUGCCAACAGAAGCAUUCUUUUUUAAGACAGGAUUAGGAGGCUCUGGCGGUGGGUAUAACUAUAACCGUCCUGUCUGGACUGGCACCAGCUCCAAUUACGGCUGGGGUGCUCAAACUUAUGGCGGUGGUUAUACUGGAAACUCGGAAGUUAUCAAAGUAAUUAAAGUCAUUGAGCAACCCACAUUUGCUCAACCUACAUACGUGCCUCAACCUACAUACGUGCCUCAACCUACAUACGUGCCUCAACCUACAUACGUGCCACAACCUAAGCCGGUCUAUGUUUCAGUCCCUCAACCCAAGCCUGUGUACGUAACGGUGCCACAACCUCAACCUCAGGUCAUUGCUCCUCCCAGGCCAGUCUACGUUUCGAGACCCCAGACAGUACAAUAUGUACAACCUGCUCCUCAACCAAGACCUCAGCCCAUACAAGUGAUUAUACAAAAGCAAGCCCCUUAUGCACCAGCUCCAGCUCCAGCUCCAGCUCCAAUACCCGUUCCACAACCUCAAGUCCAGCCCCAGCAACCUCAAGUUGUUCCCAUUCAGCUCACCAUACAAAAGUCUGUAGAGUCCCAAUAUGUCCCUACUAUCGCCUAUGAACCAUCGCCGGUUACGUCUGGUACUGCCUCCUGGAAUACCGACUCCUGGACCACUGGAACCUACGGGGAGGGAAAAAACAAUGGUAUUGGAUGUUAA